AUGGCAGGGGAUGUCACCUACGCCGCCGUGGCAAUGCUGCCCAGGGAAAGGCCACGCGCUCCUCCAGGGACAUCCAACCCAGGAAACACGAUCACAUAUGCUGAGCUGCAUGUGAAGCCCCAACCCCAAGGGAGCAGCAGAGCAGAGACUUCCGCUCCUGGCUGCUGGCACAGGUGCUCAGCCUGGUUCUACGUGGCGCUGGUCCUGGCAUUCCUCGUGCUCAUCCUGCUGGGAAUUGUGAUCAUACAAGCCAAGCAGGUUUUGAAGGGCAGAGUUGGAAAAUCAGAAAGUUUGCCCCAAUAUGGUCUGAAUAGCACCAGCAGUGACAUUUCUUCAGAGAGGACCAUCCCAGCAGCGCUCCUGAAAUGGCUCAUGGAGGAGCUGUGUGAAGAUGGACAGGGGACAAGGUGUGAGCUGUGUCCCCCCGGGUGGCAGCUGCACAGGGGCAGAUGUUACUUCUUCUCCGAGGAGGCCAAGAGCUGGGAGGACAGCCAGAAAAACUGCCUGGCCAGGAAAUCCCAGCUGCUUGUCAUUGAGGAUGAAAUUGAGAUGGAAUUUAUAGACAACAAAGACAAAGAUACCAAAUAUAUCUGGAUUGGCUUGGACCCUGGAGACGUGGAGAAAACAUGGAGUUCAGUGGAAGAUCACAAAGUAAAAGAAAAGAGCAGGACAGCUCUAAAAAGCAUCAAGGCUGACAACAAUUGUGCUGUUUACAGAAGGAAAAACGUGAUCCAGGCAGACAACUGCCAGACAUUAAAGGAGUGGAUCUGUAAGAAGAAUGCAACUUUGCUGGUGCUCUGAGUCAUAUUUCCACACAACAGGCAGAG